AUUAUGUAUCUGAUGAAUGUUGAAUGUUUUUUAAUUAUAGGCAAAUUUCAAGAAGCCAAAUUGGGCAUCUCAGCUCACAUCUGCCUUAGUUGUCCGAUCUUGCCCACCUGCCUUUCUAACUUCGAGCAUUUUUCGAGCAUGGGCAGGCAUCAGGCUUAGUGUUGUGCCUGAAGGGGGUUUAGGGUUGGGCAAUGGGCACGGAGGUUGCCUGCAACCCUGCCUAUAUACAGCCCUAGCUAUUUUCGUAACAUGUUAACAAAUAAGCCUUGAAUCUCUCUUUACUUGUAGCUAAAAAACUAUGGAAGAAGAACGUUUGGUGUUGGUCCAUACAUUUUAAAGAACGUUUGGUUGGUCUUGUUCAUUGCUUUCACUGGGCCCAACGCAACGACCAACUAACGACUUCGCUUCCUCCUAACAGACAUGGAGGCCACACUGUGCCCUGAAACGUUUCGCAAAUUAUUGCUUCUCUUCUUCUUACUCUGCUUUAAUUUCUUCUUCUGCUUCUGAAGCCGACGAGUGGGAUGAGCAGAUUGGCGGACAUGGAUUGCGUGUACAAAAAUCCCAGUGAAUCCAUUGAAGCUCGUGUCAAGGACCUUCUUUCCCGAAUGACUCUGAAGGAGAAGAUUGGCCAGAUGACCCAAAUCGAGCGUCGCGUUGCAAACCCGUCCGUCAUUAGGGACAUGUCUAUUGGGAGUAUCCUCAGUGCUGGAGGUAGUGGGCCUUUUGAAAAUGCACUAUCUUCGGAUUGGGCUGACAUGGUGGAUGAAUUUCAAAAGUCAGCUCUCGAGUCCAGAUUAGGCAUACCGAUCAUAUAUGGGAUCGAUGCAGUUCAUGGUAAUAAUAGCAUAUAUGGUGCCACUAUAUAUCCUCACAAUGUUGGCCUCGGGGCUACUAGAGAUGCGGAUUUAGCUCAAAGAAUUGGGGCUGCAACAGCACUUGAAGUUAGAGCUAGUGGAAUUCACUAUUCUUUUGCUCCUUGUGUUGCAGUUUGCAAAGAUCCUAGGUGGGGAAGAUGCUAUGAGACUUUUGGCGAAGACACUGAAAUAGUCAGAAAAAUGACCUCCAUAGUUUCAGGGUUGCAGGGCCAGCCUCCAAAAGGACAUCAAUACGGUUAUCCGUUUGUGGCUGGAAGGAACAAGGUUAUUGCCUGUGCCAAGCACUUUGUUGGAGAUGGAGGUACUGAGAAAGGCAAAGAUAAAGGAAAUACGGUAUUAUCAUAUAAUGAGAUGGAAAGAAUCCACAUGACCCCUUAUUUGGACUGUAUUUCACAAGGGGUUUCAACCAUUAUGAUUUCUUAUUCAAGUUGGAAUGGAAGGAAACUCCAUUCUGACCAUUUUCUCAUCACUGAAAUUUUGAAAGAAAAGCUGGGUUUUAAGGGUUUUGUAAUUUCUGAUUGGGAGGGACUUGAAUGGCUUAGGUCAGAUUACCCAAACUGCAUCCCUUCUGUGUCAGAUUACCGAAAAUGUAUCUUGUUAGCUGUUAAUGCUGGAAUUGACAUGGUGAUGGCACCUUAUAGAUUUCAACUGUUUAUGGAAGAGUUAUCCUCCCUAGUAGAAUCAGGGGAAGUACCCAUAGCUAGAAUUGAUGAUGCUGUUGAGCGAAUAUUGAGAGUGAAAUUUGCUGCUGGACUUUUUGAAUCCCCUUUGUCUGACAGGUCUUUGCUGGAUAUAGUUGGUUGCAAGCAACAUAGAGAUCUUGCACGUGAAGCAGUUCAAAAGUCCUUGGUUCUGUUGAAAAAUGGAAAGCAUGGUAGCAAACCUUUUCUUCCUUUAAAUAGAAAAGCCAAGAGGAUUCUUGUAGCUGGAACCCAUGCAGAUGAUCUCGGGUAUCAAUGUGGAGGCUGGACUAAAGAUUGGCAAGGAUCCAGUGGGCGUAUUACAAUUGGGACAACCCUCUUGGAGGCCAUUAAGGAAGCUGUAGGAGACGAGACAGAAAUUGUUUAUGAGCAGAAUCCAUCAAAAGAUACCCUAGAACGUGAUGACAUAUCUUUUGCCAUUGUAGCUGUUGGUGAAGAACCCUAUGUUGAGUUUUUCGGUGACAAUUCUGAGCUUGUAAUCCCCUUAAACGGGCCUGACAUUAUUAGUUCAGUCACGGAUAAAUUCCCAACACUAGUUAUUCUGAUAUCUGGAAGACCCUUAGUGUUAGAGCCAUGGCUUUUAGAAAAGAUUGAUGCUCUUGUUGCUGCUUGGUUACCUGGCACUGAAGCUCAGGGAAUCACAGAUGUUAUAUUUGGAGAUGCUGACUUUAAGGGUCAGCUUCCUUUGACUUGGUUUAGAAGAGUUGAGGAUCUUGAUCAACCAAAUUUUGGGGUUAAUAUGCAUGAUCCUUUAUUUCCGCUUGGCUUUGGGUUGACAUAUUCUAUGGACUAAAACCUCAUUUUGGUCAGACCGAAUGGUCUGCAAUCAUAAAGUUGUGUAUUCAAGAGGAGUGAUAUAAACAAAUAAGACUAGUAUGGAAUGUAGUCUCCCUCUUGUCACUC